UUUUAAGGUACAGAUACUAUCGGCUGGCUGCUGCAGAGAUGCAGUCAGCAGUCCAUGCUGAUGGAGUCUGACCAUGGAUGAGGAGGUCGACCCUGGUGAAGAGAAUGUGAACUCUGUCUUGGCCCAGGAAUCCUCAGAACUGUUCCAGAUCCUUAGCAGUCAGUCGUCAGCUGUCAUUAAAGAUUUGCUCCAGAGGAUGCCCAGUCGCGCAUGUGAGUCAGUGGACGCCACCGGCUCCACCGCAGCAGAACUCGCCAAGGCCAUGUUGGAGUAUUUGACGGUAGCCAGUAACGCAGAGUGCUGCAGUUUCGUACAGAGCAUGUGUAUCUUGUGCGAGAACAUGCCCAUGCGCCUGGAGUCCAGGCUCAUGUCGGUGGCGGGAUAUGCAGACCAUGAAAACUCCACCUCCAUUCACAGUGUAACCAAGGAGGAGUCGUCAUGGCCUCAUCCAGAGGAGCAGCAGCUUAUGAAACGCCCACGGAUCGACCACUGGGGGGAGUACAUUGCGGCAGUCGUGCAUUUAAUGCGGAGAAGGUGGCAGCGGCUGAGUGAAGGCCUGGUGAAGGAGGUCCAUCUGGAGACUGUGUGGAUCAGCCCGAGACCAGCAAACAGAGGCAGGGACCGACCUGAUCAAACCCCCGGUCAGGCAGACAGAGUGAGCAGAACACCAGAGCCUGAUGGGGAUUUUGGUUCUCCGGAGUCCAGAGUGACACUGGACUCCUUCCUCCAAGGAUGUGCAGGAAAGGUGACCGUUGUUGUUGGCCUGGCUGGAUCAGGAAAAACUCUGCUGACGUCUUGUCUCGGACAGCAGUGGGCACACGGUCUUGGCCCAAUCCCUUUAUCCUACCUCUUUGUCCUGCUCGAGUUUCGUCAGCUCAAUCUACUGUCCGGCCCUCUGUCCCUGUCUGAGCUGCUGUUCCGACACUACCUCCCUCCAAACGGGGGCGACGAUGCAAAGCGAGCUAUCGUGGAUUACCUCCUGUCCAAUCCAGAGCAAAGCUGCUGGGUGCUCGAUGGCUACGAUGAGUUUCACGACAGAGUCUCCAGACAAGAAGCGCAGGGGGAACCGUUGAGCCCAGAAAACCCUCUGCCCGUCGCGGACCUCGUCUCGGGGCUCCUCAGCCGUCAGCUCCUCCCCGGAUGCACCGUGCUGAUCACCUGUCGCACGCGUGACGUCAUGGAUUUGGACGCCACGUCAGACAAAGUGGGCCAGCUGCUGGGAUGGGACUGUCCCGACAUCAAGGAUUUUGUGGAGAACUUCUUUGGAGUGAAAGGUGACUCAGCAAAUAAAGGCCUUGGUCAAAAGGCAGCAGACCUCCUUCUUUCCAACCAACACCUCCUGGCCAUGUCUUACCUCCCAGCCCUCUGCAACAUCUGCUGCAUAUGUCUGAAACAUCUUCUGCAGGAAGAUAACGAACAAUCUAGAGAAGAAGAAGAAGAGAGGGGAAGAGAGACAAGAAGAAAACCCCCUGAAAAGGGACCAAAAGCAGGAGGAGGAGUGCCGGCUGCAGGGGGAAGAAGAAGAAGAGGAAAGAAUGAAGAGGACAUGGAUUGGACGAAUAGCAGAGCUCAGCCGUCACACACCCAGAUUCCCUCCACUCUCACUCAGGUCUACUUCACUGUUCUUGAUGCAUUUCUCAGCCGUGACCAUGAAAAACAAGGAAUACAUGACAAAGCAAAGGCCACAAAACAUCCACUGAGCUCUGUGUGUAAGCAGACCACUCUGAGUCGCUAUCAAUCAGAGAUAUGUGAGCUCGCUGAACUGGCUUGGAGAGGUUUAGAGGAAAGCAAGAUCCUCUUCUUGAAGGAGAAUAUUCCUGACAAUGUUUUGGAGUUUUCAAUCAGGACUGGGCUUCUCUCACAGGUGGAGCUCAGGCUGGACGACGGUUUCCCUGCCAAAGCCUAUUGUUUCAUUCAUCUGACCAUACAGGAGUUUCUGGCUGCGGUCAGAAUCAUGAGCAGUGAUGAUGUCACUGACUCACAGCUCAAGAAAAGAUUCAGUCUGAAAACCCGUUGGAUGACCAAGUCAGACCAUCGGACUGUCUUCACGGACUCUCUGCACCUUUAUGUGUGUGGUCUGGCUUCAGAACAGUGCACUCCAGCCUUGGUCCAGUUUGCCCGGGCCUCUGGUCGAGCAGGACUCCAGAGUUGGGUGCAAAAACGACAAGCCCUCGUUCUGAAACUGCUGAAAUCCCUGUGCCACAACAACCUGACUGGACCAAAGAUACUGGAGCUUUGCCACUGUGUUCAGGAGAGUCAGGACCAGCAACUGGCCAAAGAGACUGUUGGUGCAAGAUCCGCUCUGGAGCUGCGCAACAUCCGGCUGUUGCCCAAAGACAUUGAUGCUGUGGCAUUUGUAGUCAACUCUGUUGGGGAUAAUGGCAUUGGGUUGGAUUUCAGAGCGUGCUCGAUGGAGCUGGAGUGUCUAGAUGUUCUGCAGAGGUGUCGCUACAUUCACCACCUCAGCUUCCGGAGCCGCAAGUACGAUGACAAGUUUGCUGAGAAGUUGUCCUCCAUUUUGUCCGACUUCCCUCUCCUGAGAAAACUAGAGUUUUGCGGUGCCAGUCUGACGGCCACGGGAGCAGCGAGUUUGGCCUCUGCUCUGGAGAAGUGUCUGCACCUCACUGACGUCAAUCUAAGUGACAACAGCCUGAAAGAUGAUGGGAUCAAACUCAUUGCCGAUGUCGUCACCAAACUGCCCAGACUAGAGUCUGUAAUGUUUAGUCGGAACAACAGCUCCCUGCAGGCAGUGGACUAUCUCAUCGGGAAAAUGUCUUCACAUGUGAACAUCCAGAGUGUCCAUGCAGAUGGAAUGAAAGAGUUUACAAUAACUUUCCACCAAAGCUCAGAUAUGGAGUGCCAUAAGAAGAAAACUCAACCAACUGUCAGUUUAGUGAACCAGAAAUGGACAAAGCCUGAGAUACAAAAAGUUGGGAAAUCAUUGGCUCGUUGCCCCGCCCUCUCCGUCCUGGAUUUGUCUGGAGAUCAGUGGGAUGAAGACAUUCUGGAGACGCUCACUCAACUUCUACCAAAGGUCAACGUCACCAACAAGAUCCUACUCAAUGGCAGCUGCUCGUCAGUGGAGGACCUGGUUGUUCUGACCGCUCUGCUGUCUCACUGUCCCGCCGUGGUGGAGCUUCAUAUCCGACUGCAGUCUGAUCCAGAUCCUGUUCAGGUGUCUGUUGUGUAUCCUGGAGGCAGCAAAAAGCCGGCAAACACUAAAGCACUCUGUCUCAGCUUCUGUGGGCUGCUGCACAACGAUCUGGAGCCAGUGUGGAGGAGUUUGAGGACCUCGUGUGAUCUCACUGUGCUGGAUUUGUCCAGUAACAGUUUAGGAAACAAGGGUCUGAAGAAAGUGCUGGAUGUCCUUCCUCGUCUGAGCAACAUCCAGGAAAUCAAUGUCAGCAACAAUGGCAUCAGCAUGGAGGGAGUAGCAACGCUGGCGUCUGCUCUGAGCUCCUCUAACAACUUCACCGAGAUUAACAUCAGCAAGGAAGGAAGAGGUCGUGUCAUCCUGAAGUUCUGCUCCGACAGACGUGAUGACAAACAGCAGCUGAAGAUGUUCAGGAUGAGCGACAGCAGCCUCCUGCCGUCCGACGUAAACAUACUGUGCAGGAAACUGGCCAAUUGUGGCUCCUCCCACUUAAAGUUAGAUUUGUCUCACAACGCAUUGAAAGUGGAGACGAUCAAGAGUCUCCUCCGAGUUCUACCGAAGAUGGUGUCACUGCAGACGCUCAAUGUCAGCAACAGUAUCGUAUCAUUACCCGAGGCACUGACGAUGGUCGACUGUUUGACGGUCAGUCAAUGCAUCACAUCAGUGGAGCUCAGGCCUCAGGGUGAAUGUUUCAUCCAUUUUGACAGAGCGAGAGCAGAACAAGCCAAAUGCAGAUUUACUCAUUUUAGCCUGAACGGUGAUGACAUGGAGAGGCUGAUAGAGGUUCUGCUGCAGGGUCCUCAACUGUCUGUCCUAGAUUUAUCCAGUAACCAGCUGACGGACGAUGGAGUGAAGUGUCUCAUGGAUUCUUUACCAAAGCUUAAAAUCACCAGCUUUGUCAGUCUGAGCAACAGCACACUGACACAGCAGGGACUGUUGGACGUGGCAAACACACUUUGUACCUGUGAUGACGUCUCUGCUGUGGAAGUCAGUCUGGGAGUAGAAAGGAAGUGUCUCAUCUGGUUCAGUCAACACGGAGGUUGGGAAAAAUCCCUGAGUGUCAGAGAGAGUGGUUUGGAACAGGAACAUCUGGUCAGAUUAUCAGAGAUCGUGUCUCACUGUCCGACUCUGACCAAACUACAGUUCAGGAACAAUUCACUGCAGCCCGAGUGGACUGAAGACUUUGUGAAAGGGUUGAACGUUGGUGAGAGAGGAUGCCAUGUCAGUAUUGAGGAGAGUUGGAUGAGAGGUGAAAAAGCUGUCGGUCUCGUGUGUCGCUGUCUCCAGCUCAGCAGCAACAUUCACACCAUCAGGGUCCACAGCAGCACACUGCACGUGUCCCUGAUGAAAUCCUCAGGACUGACUUCAGUCAGCCUUGUGGACUGUGCACUCGAGGGUCGUCAUCUGUCCCCUCUGACAGACAUCAUCCACAAGUGUCCUCUACUGACUGAGCUGGAUUUUUCCCACAGCAGCCUGGGUACAGAGGGAACCCGGUCUCUCUGCUCUGUCCUGCCCUCGUUGCCAAAACUCACUUCUCUCAGUGUUGUUUCCAAACAGAUGUGUUCUGUGAGUGUGGUGGAGGAACUCUCGGAGGCUCUGCUUCGGUCUGCAGCUGUUCAGCGUCUCAAUCUGUCAGGUCAUGUGAUCAGUGACACAGCGGCUCGGAAUAUAACCGCAGUAUUUCCCCGUUUACGGGCACUCAAUCUCUCUCAUUGUUCAUGGUCGGCCGCUGAAGGACUGCAGCUGGGACGCUGUGUUCACCUGGAAGAACUUUGUCUGGACUCUGUGCAUCUGGAUGAAAAGAGCCGGGAGUGUCUUGCAGAAACACUGAGGAACAUCCGCUCUAUACGCAGUCUCAAGCUAAAUAAGAUCGCUGCAGUCGUGGGAUCAUCAGAGACAAGUGGUGCGUUGGAUCUUCUCGCUUCGAUGGAAGGGCUGACACGACUGGAGGAGAUUGAGUUGGACGGAUGGAGGAUGUCAGACAGAGGUGUAGAGCAGCUGAGCAGCAGACUCCUGCCCUGCUGGACGGAGCUCAGGAAGAUCAGGCUCGCAGAGAACCUUAUUGACGACCAAUCGGGAGACAGACUGCUGGAGGCUUUGAUCGGCUGCAGUCAUCUGCAAGAGCUCUAUCUGGGUAGCAACCGUAUUGGUGACCUCACUGCUGCCAGGAUGACCCUUGUUCUUCCAUUGUUGACACACAUCACUGUGUUAGAUAUUUCAUUGAAUGUUAUUGGAAGUGAAGGGUCAGUGAGUCUGUCCAAAGCAAUCCUGUGCAUGAAGAACCUCACCAAGAUUCAUUUGACCUCUGUCGGGACUCCGGAGCUUUGCCCCGUAGCUGCCAGCCUCAGACACUGUCCUCUCUUACAGGAAGUGAGUCUGGGAUGGAAUAACUGUGGCGAUGACGUGGUGCUGGAACUGGCCAGAGUUUUGCCCUUUUGUCUGAAAAUGACCAGAAUUGAUCUGGAGUCCAACUGUGUGACUGUUUCUGGAGUGGAGGCCUUGCUUCGAGUCUUACAGUCGUGUCCUGCUCUUCAGAUUAUCAGGCUCUGGAGGAACAAGGUCUCACCCAGUGAAGCCCACAUGCUGAGCCUGAAAGACAAGAGACUGAAUUUCUCCUCCACUGGAUGCUGAUGCUUUCACCGUGUGUGUGUGUGUGUGUGUGUGUGUGAUGGACAUUGUGGAAUUUGGAGCAGCAUCCUACUUGUCUGCGGAGGUGAAACCACUGCUGACAGUACUGUUUUACUUUUUGCCAAAAUAAGUGUCACCCUGCAGAUCGUCAUUCAUCAUGAAGCUUGAAACGUGAUGAAACGGGAAGAAGUAGGAAGAAUGUGGCAGCUGCUGGUAUUGAAUGGAAUAAUUGUUGAAAAAGACCACUAUGUGGUAGAAUUUAUGCAUCUUUUAAUUUCAGUAUUAACUAUGCAUUGACUUGUCUCUAGUUUCCGUAAACUGAGAAUCAACUGAUUGUAACGUUACGUUGAUGUUUUAUUUUGUAAAAAAACAUCACAUCUUGCGCUUGUCAGGUCAUUCACAUAGAGUAAGUCACACAAAUGUGACUCACAAUGUGUGGCUUUAUUUUAUCUAAUGAGUAAUUAAUUUAAAACGUGCAGAAGCACUUGUUGUUUUUUAUCAGUAAUGUACACUGAAGAGUUCCUGUGAAGACGUUUGCACUAUGAUGUUAGCAGAUUGCACUAUGAUGGUGUUUACAAUUAUCAGAGGCCACAUUCGUGAAAACACGAUAAUAAUUCAUGAAAUGACAGUAAAGAAAGAGUUGAAAGGGAUGCUCCUUCUACUCCUCCUCUGUCAUCUGCUCUUUAACGGUCUCUGUUCCAAAAUUGUGUAUUUAUUUUGCAUAAUAUUAUUUGACCUUUUAUUUUUUUUGUUAUUUAUUAUGAAAUGGCAGUUUAUAACUCUCUGGUGUUAUAUUGAUCCUCUCAUUUCUGAAAUGAGUUCACCUUCUCCUUUUCCCAUUCCUCUUUGUUGUUUCCAUUUUAUUCAUUUCUAUGAUCCGCUCUGCAGAGGUUUCAUAUGAACUGGCACAAGAUUUUUCUUAUGUUGACGUUUGCUUUCAGGUUGAGUUUUGAGUUCUCGUGUGAUGAAUCACUUCUGUUUCAUUUUGACUCGCAAUGAAAUGAAGAUUAAAAAAAUAUU